GAAUCAGCGGCCAUGCGCAAAUGGAUUCAGAGGAGGGAUGUGCUGUGUAGGCUGGAGUCUACAUAAGCUCUCUGUCUGUGGGACUGCACACACAACGCCGAGUGCAAAUCACAGCUACAGCUGGAGCUUUACUUCUACUUGAUUUUUAUCCAGGCGCACUGAUUUUUUUGGGGGGAAACAUCAGUCAAGAUUGUCUGACGGGAGCAGGACAAUUUAAUAAUGAAGCUCAAGCCAAACCAGACCAGGACAUACGAUGGCGAGGGCUUCAAGAAACGAGCAGCAUGUCUGUGCUUUAAGAAUGAACGUGAGGAAGAGGUGUUGCUGGUUAGCAGCAGCAGGCACCCAGACCAGUGGAUCGUUCCUGGAGGAGGGAUGGAGCCAGAAGAGGAGCCGUGUGGAGCCGCAGUGCGAGAGGUGUUUGAGGAGGCCGGUGUAAAGGGCAAGCUAGGACGUCUACUCGGUGUAUUUGAGCAAAACCAGGAUCGGAAGCACCGGACAUACGUGUACGUGUUGACCGUCACAGAAACACUGGAGGCCUGGGAAGACUCGGUCAACAUAGGCCGUAAGCGGGAGUGGUUCACAGUGGAUGAGGCCAUCAAAGUGCUGCAGAGCCACAAACCCGUCCACGCAGAGUACCUCCGGAGGCUCCAGCUUAGCUGCUCCCCAACCAACGGAAACUCUAUUCUCCCGAGCCCCCCACCCAAUGACAACUACCCUCAUUAUAGCGCUACAGCUACCACCGCCUCCACAGGCAGCGUGUUGGGCACAUCCUGCAGAUAGGACUGCACCUAAAAACCUUGAGUCCCGUCCCCCUCGGACAGCUCACUGAAAGUCUGUACAGUCUGCAUGAAUCUAAUGACUUUGAGUUACAACUCUCCUGGUUCUAUCAUUUCUUCUUUUAGCUGCAGGACAGACCAAAGCUGUCGCCAGAACUGUUCAGACUGAUGCGAUGGAGCUGAAGAAAUCUCUGACAGGAAAAGCUGUGGAAAUAAUACAUAUCUCAAAAAAGACGUUUAGUUUUCUUUUGCUGGCAUACAGCAGAGCGAUGAGCCUGAAGCUUGAGAAGACGAUGCUUCAGCCACAUCUGCUGGUGAAUUACUCCAUGAAAGAAUGCCUUACAAUAAGUCUGUAUGAAUGUUAUAUUUCAGCUUUUUUAUUUCACUGACGGUCAUUUUUUUAUUUAAUUUUUUAACACAAUGGAUAUGCUUUCCAGUCAAUAAAAGAGUAAUUGACACCAAAGCACAUCCACAUGGGGAAUGUUUCCAGACUUUAUAAUACCAUUGUCUCUAUCCCAUGAUGAUAACAGCAGAUUUCAUAUAAUAUAAUGCAGGGCAAGUUUAAAAAAAGGACAAUUCAAUUUGAAUGUGCACCCUCACUUAUUAUUGCUAAUCAACAAAAAAAAAUGCAGCUGCUGUGAGGAGUGCUGGUUAUGAAAGAGAGUGUCAAUAAAAUUGAAGCCCCCUCAAAGACUACAAAAGCAAACCAGGGCAUUUGGAUGACGAUUGAUUGGACAAAGUGCACGCUGCAGAAACCGCCUUUUUUGUUUUGUUAAUAUUCCACGGCAAAGUGAAACAUUUGACAGUUUGAAUAAAGCAGGGUGAAUCUUUUUAUAGACGCAUUACUUACACAUUUACAGGACACAAAUUAGCAUUGGGAUAAAAUGUACAGCUUUGUCCACAGGGGGCGCCAACAUGGCCACAACAAAUUGAAACCUUCUUUUCUUUUUAAAUAAAUUUAGCAAAAUACCAUCACAGUAAUGGAUUUAAAGUCUAAACUGCAGGCUCGAAGGUCAUAGACUCUAAGAUAUCUCACAGGUUGUGAGUGAGUUGAUACCUCAGUCAACUUAAAACUGGAUCCAAGUUGAGACACUGUGUUUGUUAUCCUUCGACACGACAUCACUGUGUUUAUAGUCUAACCUUACGAGUCCACUAACCUUGACCGAUUCAGACAAACCGGUCUGUUGUCCAUUUGGAGCCUCAUGGCGGUGGCACCUUUUUUCUUCAGUGCUGGUUGUUUCCCAGGCUGUCGAAGUGAAAGAAUUUAACAGUGAUUCUUAUAUCUGCUGCUAAGGUCAGUUGAGUUCAUCUCAACACCAGUACUCCCCCCCCCCCCCCCCCCAACCUGUAUUUUCAGUGACUGUUCUACAAAAUGAAUAGUAAGCAGUUUUUUCAUCUCAUGGUGCUGCUUGAUUAAAGCGACCCAAUGUCCACUACUGUAUCAUAGUUAUUUCCACUCAAACAAGAAGACUCAUCUCAGGCUGCUCCCCCCACCUUUGUUUUGUUGUAAAGCCUACAAAAAGUGCCCGGCAUAGUUUCUGAUUGUUCAUUAAUCCACUUAUUUCUGCUCUUCCUGCUGCCUCAAAGUUUGAGGAGUCACAUAUCUCAGUAUUUAUACUGCUCUGUUUUGUUUCUGGUUGAAGCAGAAACAAACAGUUUUGGGGGCAUAAUGGGGCCUUUAGCUUCCACAGCCACAUCUCUGGUCCUCCCUGUAUUAUCUCUCAUGCGUCUCCAACUAGACACUAUGAUUUAAUAUGAAGACGGAAACCCAAAGAGAAAUGGCUCAAAUCCAAUUUGCAGUUCAAAUGUCACAUAUCAUAUAUAUAUAUAUAUUUUGUUCUUUUGCUGUUCCCACUGAAAAGAGACACUCACUCCUGUGUUGACCGCUGAAUGAUGACAAGUAACAAUACAGAGAUUUGUAAAUCGCUUUGAAGAGCAACAUUGUGUUUUUAUCUUGAAUGGACAUGUACAUUUUCUCUCAAUAUUUUCUAUAUUUUCUAACGAUGUAUAACUGGCAGGAAAACAAUGUAUAGAAAACCCACCAAGAACAGUAUGUACAGUUUCUUUGUAUCAAUGACUAUGUGCCACAGGUUUAGGAUGCUGGUAUGGAGUUGGGAUUGUCUGUGACCAAACAUACAGUGGACAGGGUUACAUUUAGAAUUGAAUGUGCUUGUCUAUUUAUAAUGUCCUUUAGAAUGAGAUGUGAAGUGAGCCAGCACAAUAUGAGGAUUUACAGAUUGAAUCUUGAAGAUUUCAGGAGUGCUUGAAAAACGAAAUUUAAUAUCUUGACCUUUUUUUUUUUUCACAAACUAGAGAGCAGCUUGCUAUUUUGUGUGUGAAAAACACAAGAUUGUGUCUUAAUGACUGAGGACAAGUAUUCAAAAUUGAGUUUUGAAAGAUUUCAGGAGGAAGAAAUGCAGUUUUUUGGAAAACAAAGCAGGAUGAUAAUGCUCAGAGGGGUGGAAGCUUUAGUUUGAAUCUUUCACACGUUAAUGUUUCUUACAGAUGUUUUGUAGGAUUAAAAACACACAUCUCCCCUUCUUACACACGUGGCUAAUCGUAGCUCUUAAACUCUGAUCUCUGUAAACUGCCUCACUACUAAGUCCAUUCUGCAGAUACAUAAACUCUGGCACACCAUUUCAGCCAUCACAAACUAUCAUCCUUGUUUGAGGGUCAAAGAAGGGACUCCCACCACCUUAAGCCUCCAUGUGUAUACGUGUGUAUUAUCGGUCAAUGAAUGUGAAAAUGAUGUGCCAAAUUUCAAAACGUGUGAGUGUUCAGGUGGGAAUUUAACAUGAUAGAGAUUUUUAGACCAACUGUCAUUUUAGACUAAAGUCAUUUUAAAUGUGAAAACUUUUUAGUUAUUAUAUCAUGAUAAUAAUAAUUAUUCUUCAUCACCUUAUGCUUUAUAUGUUACAAUGAUUUUAAAAUCCACUCAAAUCCAAAUAACAUCAAUGAAACUUUAACCGGUUAAUGUUGAGUAUCAUAAAACACCUCCUCCUUCCACUUUCUGGAUCCUAUGUUUGAGUCUCUGUCGAUCUGUGAAUGCUCCUUUUAUAGAGAAAUCAUGACCGCAGGGAUACAAACCAUCAAAUGAAAUCUAUGUGCUCAGGUACAAAAAAAAGAAAUCCACCAAAUGAGCGCUGUGACAUGAAUUAAAGACGGCAUGAUUGUUUGCUAAACACAAUUUUAAUGUUGCAUGGAUGUAUCCAGUGCAAACGAUUUGUCACCAUUUUUGUCAUGAAUAUUAUGCACAGAAACUUUAAAUGUGAAAACCCGGACUGGAAAGAUUGUUUUUGGGAGAAGAUUGCAUUAAAGGGGAAAACCGUAUAUCAUA